AUGGCGUCGGUAAGGCAAGGGGUGCGCUUGGCUGUCGUCCUCCUCAUCUUCUUGUGUGUGGAGAGUCGAGCUAAGCUGACGGAUGAAACCCCAGCAAAUCCCAGUGUCACUCCUGCCGAGGCUAAAACUCCUAAGAAAAUUCCCCCGUUGCAUGAUGGCGCGGCCCUUUUGUUUGCUGACGAGCUUAAAAUUACUCUAGAGAGAUAUCUAUUCGGAAUAUGCCCGCAGACUUUCAAGUCUCGUUGGUCGCAGAUGAUCGGGCGCGGUAAAAACAACGCCACCAACUCUUGUGACCUCGACACCGAGCAGGAGGAUCUGGCUGGCAGAUUCGCAACUCUAGCACUUCGAGCGCAUUCGGCCGCGCGUGUGGACUGCGCGCGGUUCGGCGCCGCGCUCGCGAACACGCUUGGCGAACUCGCGCGGACAGCUGCCAACAGACAUGCUACUAAUGUUGCAGCGAACAACGAAGCGAACAAGAAACGAAAGCUCUCUAAGAGCCAGAAGGCGAAGAUUCAAGCGAAGCAGCGCACCGCGCUAGCUGUCAAGAAGAAGGCAGCGGCUGCGGCGGCGGCGGCGGCAGCCAAGAUGGCAUCUGCGUAACUUUUAUGGAAGUAACUACUUACCUACAAAAUUAAUUUAGACAAAAUUAAAUAUCUGUUGUUAUUUUUCAUCUUUUUCUUGUGUCUCUGUAGCACGGGUUAAGUAUAGGUAGCUUACAUUCACGAAUUUAUCGCGUCGUGCGCGACAUCGUAACUCGUGCAGCAGAGGCAAGUUUGUUAACUUUAAAUAGUAAGCUAGAUGUUGUUAAGUCAAGAAUUGACAUUAAUUAAUAGAAUUUAUUUAACAUAGAUGUACUACAGCAAUUGCGGCAUGCGUGGCUUCCGGAUUGUGCUAGGGUGUGAGGUAUGAGUGUGUCCUGUCGUGUCGGUACAGUCAUGAGCAAUAUAAUGUACCCACUGUAGGACUCUGUCGCACUAACAUAUUUGACAUUUAGUGAGACUUACUGUUCAAUUUGUCAAAAAAGUUAAUGUGACAUGGUACCAAAGUGUAUACAUAUUAAUGCUCGUGACCGUACUGAACAUAUUUGAGUUAACCUUGUGAUGCCAAUAUUUCAAAGCUGUUCGUACGUAGCGAGAGUAUUGGUCGAAGAUAUUUGUCGCGUCAAUGUGGAUAGUAGGUAAGGCUCAUGCCGCAGAGGCUGCUUUGUAAGUCUCGUAAUUUUUAUCGCAAAUAUGUGAUAUAAUAUUAAUUUAGAUGUUUAAUUAGCUAAUUAUUUAGGUCUUUGUCAAACAACUUGUUAAUGUGUUAUAAAAUUGUUAUAAUAAGAUGUCUUACAAUUACAAAUACUUAUUAUUUUU